AUGGCGACAGUCCUACCAGCACGACCAAACACGAAUUCGAGCGGCACAUCCAACAGCACCGCCUCGCGACAUCGACGACCCUCUUUGACAUCCGUUCAGAGUAAUAGGCUUUCCGAGUCGCAGUCGACGCAGGCAGAUUCCAGUAUAACGACAUAUGACCACGCGCCUUCUGCGACUUCUUCACACCCUUCAGAUGCCCUCCAACUCCCACAUCGCAAUGGCGGACCCAGUGGCGGAACCAAUGGCGCAACAAAUCAUGUCGCAGCUAGAAGACAGCGGCCAGUACGAUCACAGUACCCAGCCAACGGAGCUGAGAAGCAUGUCGAAUAUAUCCUGGUCGCAAGCUUCGACAUCGACCGCGGAUCCAUCAUGGAGCACCAGUACCCCGGUGUGGUGGGAGGUGACGAACAUAUGCUCGCAGACCUGAUGCUGCCAGACCAGACGCAUCUGCGAAGUCAGGAUUGGACGACUUUCUUCUUACACAAAGAUGCGGGAGGGGAGGAGGAUGAUGAGGAGACGCGGAAAAGGAAGCGACGACGCAGACGGAAAGCAGAAUUGGAAGGUACGCAUCGGCAGGCUGAGGCAGGUGCGGAGGAGGAUGACCCGGAUGAUGAGGACGAAGGGGCAGAUGGCGAGGACGAUUACGACGGCUUCGACAGCGAAGAUGAACUGAUCGACGGCCCGCCUCUCGUCUACGUCCUCAAUCUCGUCAACACCAAACAAGACCACACGGUCAAACGCGGCGCCAUCGUCAAAGCUAUGGCGAUAUGUACGCGACAUUCUUUCCUACACAUCUACAAACCCCUGCUGGUCAUAGCAUUGGAGCAGUACUUCGCCAAUCCCGUGGUUGAGACCUUGGCGACGCUCUACAAUGCUGUCAAUGCCAUGGACUUGUCUCUGAUGCCCAAACUCAGCUUCUACGAGCGGUUCAUCCUGCAGAGUAGCGACGCCAAGGACCUAUUUCUCGAGAAGUUCGAGGCGAUUAUUGCUCAGCGCAUGGCUAGCUCACAAACAGAGGGUGGAGGUGUGUCGGCCCCUUCACCCACAACUCACCCCUCACGAUCUCGAUAUGGUCUGCCGCGCGAUACCCACGAAUUUGAAAGUGUUGUCCGUUACGCCAACAUCCCCGUCCCGGUCAAAAUCCCCACCGCUCUUUCUCCUGAGACGGUAGGAGAUUUCAGCCUGGUGAAACUUAUCACCACUUUCUCCACACCGCACUCGAGUUCACCUCAAGCAUUCUCGCCUCUACAUCCACAUCUCACGACUGCAGGAGCACUAACACAUCCCGUCAUCGUCCUCCUCAACGCCUUACUAACACAAAAACGCAUCAUCUUCCUCGGGCACAACCUUCCCUCCUCUGAAGUCGCUGAAGCCGUCCUUGGUGCCUGUGCCUUGGCUUCGGGAGGAAUGCUGAGAGGGUUCACUCGCCAUGCAUUUCCUUACACUGACUUGACUAAGAUCGAUGAUCUUUUGAGGGUACCGGGUUUCAUCGCCGGAGUCACCAAUCCAGCAUUCGCGCAUAAGCCCGAGUGGUGGGACCUGCUCUGCGAUCUAGGAACGGGCAGGAUGAAGAUAUCUGCCAAAGUUGAACAAGCUCCGUUGACAGAAGGCGUCCUUUUCUUCCAACAACCGGGUCAAACGCCCUCUGCGCCUGCUAGUGCCACGGGUGGUAUCAGCGCUAUCGCCAUGGCAGGCGCCAGUCUCUCGGCCGGUCUGGGCGGGAGUACAGCACUUAUGGGCACAGGUGCGGGUGACGCCACGGGCGAUGCGGCAUUCAUGAAUAGUGUGUUGAAGGCUAUUGAGGAGCGGCACGGAGAGAAUGCUAUCAGGAGUAAGUUUCGACGAUGGGUGUUGAAGUUCACGCGGGUGGCGGCGGCGUUCGAGGAACUAGUCUACGGUGCGUCUGUUCUCCAGGUCGCGCCUUCGCCCAAGACGCCCAGUACACCAUUCUCCGCGACCAAGAGUCCGGAUAGUCCUGCGAUCACGAGUCCGCUGUUCAACAAGCAGAUUCCUGCUGAUCAGUUGGACACUGCGGCGCCUGCAUUGCCGCCUGAGGUCCUCAGCCAUGGCUAUGUUUGGCCGUCUGCUCAGGCUAAGACGAACGAACUCGCUGCCAAUGCUACGAGGAUAGAGGGGUGGCGUAACACGCGCUCCUACUACAAUUUCAUCCGGGAUAUGGCGGCUUUCUAUUCUCGUCACCCGGUCAAGAGUAUUGACCUGCAACACUUACACGACAAGUUGGCUAAGCUACGUUUGGGUUCCGAGCAAGCAGGGAAUAUAUAUCUAGCCAUCUGUGCUGCGGUAUGGAGUGAGGAGGAGAUCAACCAACUCCUUGCCGUUGUGGUCAAUGGUUCCGGAUUGCUCACCACGGGUUCUGGGCUCGGUGGCGCGGGUGGGCCUGCUUUUUCUUCUUCCUAUGGUAGUGGUGGCGGCGGUGGUGGACAGCAGGGACAGGGAUUGUUCUAUCUCGGUUUGGGACUGUUCCAUCCAAAGCGAGGGGUUAGGGAGGCGGUGGCGGGGUUGCUUGGUAGGGUGAGAGAGCAUGAGGCGGGGAGACUCUUUUGGCGGAGUGUGGGUGGAUUUGUGAGGGGGGCUUGGGAAAGGGUUCUUUUGGGGAUGGAGGGGAGGAAGGAGGAGGGGGUAUGA